UUGUUGAGCUUUGAACCCUUGAGACUGCGCACAAAAGGUGCACUUAGAUUCUUCGCUGUUGGAAGUGCGAGUUCUGGUGAGAGCAGACUUCAGCACCACGCACUUUUGUGUGUUGUUACAAUGCCAGCAAUCAGCGUAUUCGAAGACCAGAUGGUUUACGGAUUUCCGACACCACCUGAAGACGGUGAAACUAUCACAGAACCCGACCACAAUUCUCUGGACAUUGUUCACAGCAAUUCGUAUCUCACGCACCAGCUCCGUUCCACACGGCUCACCACCAAAGAGCAGAUAGAAGGCGCUAUUCAUCAACUAUCCGCCGCUGAGAUAAUGCCGCCAAGUACAGCGGCCUCGGUGAGCUCUAUGUCAAGUGCCAGCAGUGCCCCAUACUGGAGUACGCCGCCUACACCCAUUACGCCAGCGUCCCUCGUUCACCCGCCAUUCAUACCACCACCCGUACCACCCGAACCACAGCCUUCCCACGAUCCAUAUAUGUUCGGCCCAUCAUCUCAUACAGAAAACAGUAUGCGACCAGAACCGCAGCUCAUGACGAACCGCAAGAUAGCAAGGGUUCGUCCCGGCUAUCGAGCACCGCGACGAAUAGAGGUCUGCUGCGCUCCGCACACGCAGAUUGACCACAUCGCCGAUCCUAGCAGCUCGAACGCGAUACCUGACCUUUAUUCAGCCUCUUCUAAUCCGUUUAGCAACUACGACAAUCGUUCCCAUCCAGCACAACGCCAUACCGGUCGGGCCGUCCAAGUCCAGACGAACAUGUCGAACGAUCCAGCUCAGCGUGUUCGUGCUGUACAAGAGACUUUCCGCAAUGCGUCAAGGCGUAACCCCAGAGUAAUGGAUGUUCCUUACGCUACACCGCGCACAACGGCCGACUCGCGGUACAGCGACAUUACCGCUUCUCCUUUUGCUGAUUCCUCCGAUACCUCACAUAUAUCAGCGAGACCCUUGCCACCGGACCUUGGGGGGAACGAGACGAGUUUCAACAACACGAGACUUCGCACAGCCCCCAGCCCGCGUCCUGUAGAGUCACUUGCUACCCACGCACGCAGUCCGCAGGUGCCCCUUACAGAAGCUCACUUCAAUGGCGUGUCCCACACGAGCAAUGCCACAGUUGUUCCUUCCUCCCGAAGUCACGAAGACGUGACGAAUAAUGCCUAUGACAUAUCCGUACAGAUCAAGGAAGUCAAGGAUACUGACCUUCCUCUCCGCUGUGACUCGGCCAUGGCGCAGGAAUCAGAGGCCCAGUCAUCGAAGGCUCAAGCGAAGAAACGAUGUGCGCUGCUUAGAUGGUUGAAGAAGGUCUUCAAGAAGCCAUAGAGAACGAAAUGAUAUUUACGUGCAGUGUCUGUUUAGAUAAGCC